CCCGGGCGGAGGUCUAUGUCGCGGGCGGCGUGGGCGGCGGCGGCCGCGGAGGGACGAUGCGCGAGUACAAAGUGGUGGUGCUGGGCUCGGGCGGGGUCGGCAAAUCCGCCCUGACGGUGCAGUUCGUGACCGGCACGUUCAUCGAGAAAUACGACCCGACGAUCGAGGACUUCUACCGCAAGGAGAUCGAGGUGGACUCGUCGCCCUCGGUGCUGGAGAUCCUGGACACGGCGGGCACCGAGCAGUUCGCCUCCAUGCGGGACCUGUACAUCAAGAACGGCCAGGGCUUCAUCCUCGUCUACAGCCUGGUCAACCAGCAGAGCUUCCAGGACAUCAAGCCCAUGCGGGACCAGAUCAUCCGAGUCAAGCGGUAUGAGAAGGUGCCCGUCAUCUUGGUGGGGAACAAGGUGGAUCUGGAAAGCGAGCGGGAAGUGUCGGCCAACGAAGGCCGGGCCCUGGCCGAGGAGUGGGGCUGCCCCUUCAUGGAGACAUCGGCCAAGAGCAAGACCAUGGUGGACGAGCUCUUUGCGGAAAUCGUGCGGCAGAUGAACUACGCAGCGCAGCCCGACAAAGACGAUCCGUGCUGCUCUGCGUGUAACAUCCAAUAGCCCCGGCCGAGGCAGACCCCGGUCCCCGACAGGAGCGGCCCGGGACUGCAGGCAACGGCCGCCCGGCGCCACCACCGUCUUGUGGGCCUUGGAGUCGGGAAUGCAGGCGGGCGGGGGAAGCAGAUACCCCACGUUCUCCAGCGAGCCCUAAUCGCCAGCCCCUGGCUCCAAGGAACCGUGGGCCGUGGGGUUCGGUCCUCCCAGUUGUCACCAGCGCCCCCAGCCUCCUUUCUGCACCUGCAACUUGAAGGCACAGCCAAUGGAUCUACAGGGUGAUGGCUCUCCGUCGGGCCACGCUGGCAUUGUCACUGAAUUAGCAGAAGCAACUGUUGUUAGAAAGAAAGAAAAAGUAAUCAUGAGAGUGAAGCCAGAAGAAUUCCUAUGACCACUUACAAGUCAAAA